AUGUUGCGGGCCAGUCGCGCAUAUGUGUGCUGGCGAUGCGCUGCCCGUACGGCUGGCUCUCCUGGCCGGCUCCAGAGGUUAGAGCCCUCGGCUGGCCUGAGAAAUGCGCCGCCCUCCAAUCGAGCCCAAGGAGAAUCACACAGAGCUUUCGCGACGGUUCAUCAUGCAUCUGGCGAUGUGCCUGUAGCCGAAGGGGCCACUUCGUCCAAGGCUGCUGCUUAUUUGGCUACCGGAGGGAAGCCUCUGGGAAUCCGGCAGAAGCUGAAGAAGUGGGCAGACGAGAAUCCCUCGGAGUCAACGGCCAUGCUGACGGACCAUGCGUACGACGGAGAAGUAUCCAACAACUUCACGCGGCCGCAGAACAUCUCGAUGGCCCAAAUGGAUGUUAGCUCGCCCCUUUUCGAAGGCGACGAAUUGAGUGACUUGCGAUCUGAUGAGAUCCAAUUGCAAGCAGGAGAUCUUAUUGAGAUGAGCUCUGAUGCAUCGAGGCGACCGGUGCUUGCUGUUUGUCUGGGACGUUUCAACGGCUACGAGCACUUCUACACCAACAGUGGCAAGUGGUUUAGUGGUCUUGGUGUCAAGUCCCUUUUUGUAAUCCAUAAUUUCGCUGAGCCUGCAGAGCUCGAGCCUAUCAUCGCGGAAAUUCCCAUGAACGAGCUGUCCCUGGACACGAUCAAUGCGCUGAGGGACUUGGGCCACGAUCCCUCGCGAUCGGCUGGUGCUCCACUGUUGAAGAAGAUGAUAGAUUUCACCCAAGAGGCUGAAGCAGUUUACCAAACAUACGCCGGCACACUGGACGCGUCCAGUAUGUUCAUUGGAGACCCAGACAAGCACCGAUACCUUACACUAUACGAGAUUGCGGACCUUCUCCUGCCGUUUUCGAUCAAGAAGAACGGAAGGUUUAUCCCAGCAGCUCUAUACGCUGUUCACAGGUCUCUCCUCCUGGAUGAGGUCUUCUUCAGGCCGCUCAAACGCACAGGUCAUCGAAGGUCAUAUCUGUUCGAAGUCAGCCCCCUCUCAGAAGUCCGUACAGUUCAAAGAGUCGAGUAUCUUAUCCGAGACUACCUCGAAAUGCCUGGCUGGAAGCGCAAUAUACAACCGGUUGACGGUACGAACGUAACAGACUUCAUCGCGCACGCCCGCUCAGCCAUCGACCAGACCCGAUCCGUAAGGAAACUCUCACCACAUGGUAUCAUUGGUCCCUCGACUUCUAGUACGAAAUUGGCAGUGGAAUGGACAUCUACAGACAUUGAGAUGCUCAAGUUCAUGGAGCUUUGGGCCGCUUAUCAAAGGUUCCCUAACUAUUCCCGCCUUCAAUGCAUAGGAAGUACAAUACUUCGCUUGCUCAAACGAUACAACGAUAUGAGGCUUGAUAUGUCAGCUGGGUGGACUUUUCUUCAAGAAGUCGGCUGGAUAACUCCGUGGGAGAUACAAUCGAGGUACGGGAUCCGAUUUCCGGAUGUGGAGAUCAAGAAAGGAGGAGGCUUUGCCCGAAAGUUACCAGGAUUGACUAGCGGCCACCUGAAGCCCGACAUUCUGGCUGAUCAGCGCAAGCAAUGGAGGGGUUUGACUGCCUUCUGUAUUGACGCCACGUCCACGGUAGAUGUUGAUGAUGGCAUUUCCGUGGAACGCACUUCCAACCCGGAAGAAAAUUGGAUUCAUAUCCAUGUCGCAGAUCCGGCAUCAUCAAUCCUACCGGAUUCGCCUAUCGCGAAGUUUGCUGAGUUGAUACCGGAGACAGUAUAUCUCCAGGGUCAUUUCUCUCGCAUGCUACCGGCGGAUGUUGGUGUGGCCAACUUCUCUCUGGCUCCCGGCAAGCCGGCCAUGACGUUUAGUGCGCUGGUAAACAGGAGUGGUACUGUGUUGGAGCACAAAAUUACGCCCGGCAUAUUGCAGGAUGUGGUGUACAUGACUCCUGAAGCUGUCAACGAAGCACUUGGAGAGACCCGAGAGGACCCCACCGCAUCAGACGAGGAAAUGGUGGUUGGCGGCGAAUACACACCGUGGCCUGCCACAAGAAAAAUGACUGAGCCGCAAGAACUGACUGUGGAGCAGAGAGCUGACCUCGCUUUACUCUCAGAGCUCGGGAAGGCGGUUCAGCAGAAAAGACUGGACAAGGGCGCGACGCCUUUCUUUCAAGCACGCGCGACGCCAACAGUGUCGCUUGACGGCGUGACUCAAAAGGACGAUCCAAUGGGUUUCGUUACUGUUGCUGGCGAUCCCGUCAUCCGAAUCAACUACGCGGCGCGUACGGGCACGGACAUAGUAGAGAACACCAUGAAGCUUGCGGGUGAGAUAGCAGCGAAGUGGUGCCACGAACGAGGCAUCCCUAUCCCAUACCGCUCGCAACCACACGCCUCCCAAAACGAUGUUCUCAUCAAGCAAUAUAUGCAGGAUGUCUUGGUGCCUCUCUACGAGUCCGGAACAAGUCCUGAUGAUAGUCACUGGCGGCAUUACCGGGCUCUGCUCGGUGGCGAUGAACUUUCCACUGUCCCUGGGCCUCAUUUCCUCAUAGGGGCUGACAUGUACACCAAGGCGACCUCCCCACUCAGACGCUUUGGCGACCUCAUCGUUCACUGGCAGAUACAGGCGGCUCUGCUGGAGGAGAAGAGACGCGGCGAGUCCCUUCUAGGGAACAAGGGUGAAUCCUUCCUGCCCUUCACACGCAACCGGCUCGACAGGAUGUUGCCCAUGCUCCUCGUCCGUGAGAAGCAAGCGCGGCUCCUCAGCAACGGCAACGGUGCCGACCAGUGGAUGUUGCAGGCCCUGGUGCGCGCCUGGAAGUUCAACGAGGCUCAGCUGCCCGAGACCUUCCGCUUCACCGUCAACCACGUCGUUCCCAAGAGGAACAUCAUGGGCAACAUCAACUGGUUCAACCGCUCCGCCCUCCUGCGACCCAGCGCCCUGAACGACGUGGUGAGGAUGGCCGACGUGCGCGUCAAGGACGUCUUCGAGGUCAGGCUCAGCGACGUCAACGUGCAUUCCAACACCGUCCUGGUCGAGGCCGUUCGGCUGCUCGAGCGGACCGGCCCGACCGCGGAUGUCCCGGUCCCGGAGAGCCCCCUGGUGGAGGACACGCCUACGGCCGCUACGGUUUGA